GACAGGCAUCCUGUAGGACAGCUAACACGCGCCUUGGAGAACCGCAAGGACCCAAAUCGUUAGAGCGGCGUUUGCAAAAUACCAACCGGACAAGUUAAUAUUGUGAAUGAGUUCUUCAUCUGUCGAUAUCUUCACCAUCCUGAUAGUAAACUCGGUGAAGAGAACUUUAUCCAUCCAGAGCUGAAGGUCCAGAGACAUUGAUCAUGUUUCUGUACAAUCUGACCUUGCAGCGUGCUACAGGCAUCACUCAUGCCAUCCAUGGCAACUUCUCAGGUACCAAGCAGCAGGAGAUUGUUGUUUCUCGAGGGAAGAUUCUGGAGCUGCUGCGCCCCGAUGCAAACACUGGCAAAGUUCACACACUUCUCACCAUGGAGGUGUUUGGGAUAGUCCGCUCUCUCAUGGCCUUCAGGCUGACUGGUGGCACAAAAGACUACAUCGUGGUGGGCAGUGAUUCAGGUCGUAUCGUUAUCCUGGAGUAUCACCCCUCCAAGAACAUGUUUGAAAAGGUGCACCAGGAGACCUUUGGCAAGAGUGGCUGUCGACGCAUUGUUCCAGGACAGUUCCUGGCUGUGGAUCCCAAAGGCAGAGCUGUUAUGAUCGGUGCUAUAGAGAAGCAGAAAUUGGUGUACAUCCUGAAUAGAGAUGCAGCCGCUCGCCUCACCAUCUCCUCCCCUCUGGAAGCACACAAGGCCAACACGCUGGUCUACCAUGUGGUUGGGGUGGAUGUGGGUUUUGAAAACCCCAUGUUUGCCUGUCUCGAGAUGGACUACGAGGAGGCUGAUAACGACCCCACAGGGGAAGCGGCAGCUAACACGCAGCAGACUCUGACCUUCUAUGAGCUGGACCUGGGGCUCAACCACGUAGUGCGCAAGUACAGCGAGGCUCUGGAAGAACAUGGCAACUUCCUCAUCACAGUGCCAGGUGGCUCUGAUGGUCCGAGUGGUGUGCUCAUUUGCUCAGAGAAUUACAUAACUUACAAGAACUUUGGGGAUCAGCCAGAUAUCCGCUGCCCAAUCCCACGCAGAAGGAAUGACCUGGAUGAUCCAGAGAGGGGCAUGAUCUUUGUCUGCUCAGCCACACACAAAACCAAGUCCAUGUUCUUCUUCCUCGCCCAGACAGAGCAAGGAGACAUCUUCAAGGUUACCCUGGAAACAGAUGAGGAGAUGGUCACAGAGAUUAGGAUGAAAUAUUUUGACACCAUCCCGGUGGCCACUGCCAUGUGUGUGCUGAAGACUGGCUUCCUAUUUGUGGCAUCCGAGUUUGGAAACCAUUAUCUGUAUCAGAUAGCCCACCUGGGUGAUGAUGACGAUGAACCCGAGUUCUCUUCUGCCAUGCCUCUGGAGGAAGGAGACACCUUUUUCUUCCAGCCACGACCACUUAAGAACCUGGUGCUUGUGGAUGAACAGGAGAACCUUUCCCCUAUCAUGUCCUGCCAGAUUGCUGAUUUGGCCAACGAAGACACACCUCAACUGUAUGUGGCAUGUGGUAGAGGACCAAGAUCUACACUAAGGGUUCUUAGACAUGGUCUGGAGGUCUCAGAGAUGGCUGUGUCUGAGCUUCCUGGUAACCCUAAUGCUGUGUGGACUGUGAGGAGGCAUGUAGAAGAUGAGUUUGACGCCUACAUCAUUGUGUCCUUCGUUAACGCCACACUGGUACUGUCAAUCGGAGAAACUGUGGAAGAAGUGACUGACUCUGGCUUCCUGGGUACUACCCCAACUUUGUCCUGUUCUCUGCUGGGGGAUGAUGCUCUGGUGCAGGUCUACCCAGAUGGUAUUCGCCAUAUCCGAGCAGAUAAGCGUGUGAAUGAGUGGAAGACUCCAGGGAAGAAGACAAUUGUGCGCUGUGCUGUGAACCAGCGGCAGGUGGUCAUUGCCCUGACUGGAGGAGAGCUGGUCUACUUUGAGAUGGACCCGUCAGGUCAGCUGAAUGAGUACACCGAGAGAAAGGAGAUGUCUGCAGAUGUGGUGUGCAUGAGCCUUGCGAACGUUCCUCCGGGUGAACAGCGAUCACGGUUCCUGGCUGUGGGCUUGGUGGAUAACACAGUGCGCAUUAUCUCCCUAGACCCCUCGGAUUGCCUACAGCCGCUGAGUAUGCAGGCUCUGCCUGCGCAGCCAGAAUCUCUGUGUAUAGUGGAGAUGGGAGGUGUGGAGAAACAAGAUGAGUUGGGAGAGAAAGGUGCCAUUGGCUUCCUCUAUCUCAACAUUGGCCUGCAGAACGGUGUGUUACUCCGCACUGUGCUGGACCCAGUGACUGGGGACCUGUCUGACACUCGAACACGCUACUUGGGCUCUCGACCAGUGAAGCUUUUCAGAGUGCGAAUGCAGGGCCAGGAGGCUGUGUUGGCCAUGUCCAGCAGAUCAUGGCUGAGCUACUCAUACCAGUCACGUUUCCAUCUGACGCCACUUUCCUAUGAAACCCUGGAGUAUGCCUCAGGGUUUGCUUCAGAGCAGUGUCCUGAAGGCAUUGUGGCCAUCUCCACCAACACACUGAGAAUUCUGGCUCUGGAGAAGCUGGGUGCUGUGUUUAACCAGGUGGCCUUCCCGCUACAGUACACACCACGCAGAUUUGUCAUUCAUCCAGAGACCAACAACUUAGUCCUCAUUGAAACGGACCACAAUGCCUACACUGAAGCCACCAAGGCCCAGCGCAAGCAGCAGAUGGCAGAGGAAAUGGUGGAGGCUGCAGGAGAGGAUGAGAGGGAGCUGGCUGCAGAAAUGGCUGCUGCCUUUUUGAAUGAGAACCUUCCAGAAGCGAUCUUUGGUGCCCCAAAGGCUGGCUCGGGACAGUGGGCCUCACUGGUGCGCCUGAUCAACCCCAUCCAGGGCAAUACCCUUGAUUUAGUUCAACUGGAGCAGAAUGAAGCUGCCUUUAGCGUGGCUGUUUGUCGCUUUGCUAAUGGCGGUGAUGACUGGUAUGUCUUGGUGGGUGUGUCAAGAGACAUGAUCCUUAACCCACGCUCAGUGGGCGGUGGCUACAUUUAUACCUACCGCCUGGUAGGAGGUGGUGAAAAGCUGGAGUUUGUACACAAGACCCCAGUGGAGGAUGUGCCCCUGGCCAUCGCCCCCUUCCAGGGCAGAGUAUUGGUGGGGGUGGGCAAACUGCUGCGCAUCUACGACCUUGGCAAAAAGAAGCUGCUCCGCAAGUGUGAGAACAAGCAUGUUCCUAACCUGGUGACGGGCAUCCACACUAUCGGCCAGCGUGUGAUUGUGUCAGAUAUCCAGGAAAGUCUGUUCUGGGUGCGCUACAAGCGCAAUGAAAACCAGCUCAUCAUCUUUGCUGAUGACACAAACCCACGCUGGUUAACCACCGCCUGCCUGCUCGACUAUGACACCAUGGCUGCAGCUGACAAGUUUGGGAAUAUUAGUAUUGUUCGUCUACCACCAAACACCAGUGAUGAUGUGGAUGAGGACCCCACAGGGAACAAAGCGUUGUGGGACAGAGGCCUGCUCAAUGGAGCCUCCCAAAAGGCUGAUGUAAUUGUGAACUACCACAUAGGAGAAACAGUCCUGUCACUGCAGAAGACCACGCUCAUCCCUGGAGGCUCGGAGUCUCUGGUGUACACCACUCUGUCAGGUGGCAUUGGCAUCCUUGUGCCCUUCACAUCUCAUGAGGACCACGACUUCUUCCAGCACUUAGAAAUGCACAUGCGCUCAGAGUUCCCUCCACUUUGCGGCCGAGACCAUCUUAGCUUCCGCUCGUAUUACUUCCCUGUGAAGAAUGUAAUUGAUGGAGAUCUCUGUGAGCAGUUUAACUCCAUGGAUCCCCAUAAGCAGAAAAGUGUUGCUGAAGAGUUGGACCGCACACCACCAGAAGUGUCUAAGAAACUGGAAGACAUCCGCACACGUUAUGCCUUUUAAAAUCCUUGUUGUAUUUGUUCUACAAAUGAACAUUUUCAAGCCCACUUUGUUUUCGGUGCAACCACAAGUUUUCUGCCAUAAAUAUGCGUACUGUAUUUUGGACGAGUACUUUAAAGAUGUUUAGAGACAGAGCCCAUUAGAGAGGUGUCCCUUGAUCAGUGUAGUAAAAUUGAAGCUUUCCAUGCCAAGGACUUGGUUGUGGUUUAAAAAGUGUAAGAGCAAGGAGUUGAACAUGUUGGACAAUACUUUUUCUGCUACCACAGUGUUUGAAAUUAUGUCUGAUUUUUACCGUGUGCAUCAUAAGAUUUCAGAUUUAGCAACAUGUUUAGUUCAUUUGAAGUUUGAAAAUAGUACUGCUCUUACGUGUCACUGUUCCAAAUGAUGGCGGAAUUUGUAAAAUAGCUAUAGCUGUCUUUACAGAGGAACUGUGGGGUGUUUGUGGUUGUAAUGUUUUUUUUUGUUGUUUUUUUUUUCCUUGGGCCGGUUGCUCAGAUCAAACUCAUACCCACACUUUUUUUCUAAAGCUGUACUAAAAUAAAUACUCUUUGUAAAAUGUUUGACAGAAUUUUGUAAAUAAAUUUUUUUAUUAUUAAA